CUGUGUGUGUAGGCAUUUGCAUCGGUUUACGUUUGCCUUGCGUAUUUGUCGCAUGUCCAAACUGGCACCAGACACGGAAAUCCUGCUGUUGGUCGCUGCGCAAAGGAAGGUGAUUGUCCCCCCUCUGGUUUCUGUGGUGUCUCUCUCGCUUCAGGAAAUGACAUCGAGAGCCUCUUUUCUGGCCUCUCCCUCUCCACGUUCUCCAUCUUCUUCCUCUCCUUCGUUGCUCUCUUCCACUGUUUCUUCGUCCGCGUCCCCCUCCAUAUCUUCUUCCUGUUCUUCGCACCGAUGUUUUCCUCGAAGCCUUAAAUUGGCUUCGCAGCUUCUGCCGCCUCUCUCGCCUCGCAGCCGCAUUCCAUUUCUUCUGCCUUCGUUGGACGCUCUACUCGCGGGCGGCUGUCCUGUCGGCGCGGGUCUUCUGCAGAUCUGUGGUCCUCCGGGGGUCGGCAAGACGUCGCUCUGUCUGCAACUCGCUGCCAGUUUAGCCGCCGACUUGUCUCAGGCUCCGCCGUCGCCGCUGCGUGCAAGCCAGCACCCUCGCGAGCCGCUCCUUUCUUCUUCCUCGUCAGCGUCUGCUCCUCGAGUUCGAGGGAGAAGAGCGACGCCUCGAGGGAACGAGGAGACCGGCACAGAGGCGAAGCGCCGGAGACAGGGAUCGGCUACCUCUGCGGGCAAGAGCCGGCGUGAGGUUGUUUGUGUCUCGGAGAAGAGCCGAUGCAUGCGAUGGCGAGCAAGAGACGCAGACCAGAGACGCACACUCUUCCUGGAUUCCGAGGGGGGCGCCCGUCCAGAGAGGAUUCGGCAGAUUGUUGCCUCCUUUAAGGAUGUUUUCCGACGUGGAUUUCUUCCUUGCAAGCAAUUGAGAGCGGCGGACGAGGUUUCGCCAGAAAGGAAGCGCGAAGCAGAGAAACCGCGUGCAUCGCCUCUUCUCCGCAACGCUUCCCAGUCCGUCACUUCACUCCGGCAUGCUGAGGGCGCGAGAGAGGCCGAGAGCCGACGCGUCGCUUCUCUGGGAGAUCUCUGCAUAGCGGAGCAGGCGAGAGACGAAGAGGAACGCGAGAGAGAAGAUGAGGCAAUAGAGGAAGUGAUGCAACGAAUCGAAGUUGCUCGUGUCUUCGAUCACAAAGAGCUCCUGGCCGUUCUCCAGCAUACGUUGAGUGUCUUGACGAGAGAAAAUGACGCGCUGGAGGAAGAAGGCGAGAAGGGACUCGUCUUUACUGCAGGCGACAGAGGAGGCGACGACGAAAACGAUGAGGAAGGAGAACUGGACGAGGGUGUUUGUGGCCGCAGAGAAGAGGCGGGUGACCUCGCUUCUGAGAGUUGCGAGUUUCAGUCUGUAAAGAGAGCGAGACCUCGCGAGACCUAUGGCUUAGUCGUCGUUGACUCUUUGAGCUGGAUCUACCACCCCGCCUUCUUCCCCUCCGCUGCCGAGUGCACUGCCUCUCUCUUUCAAGCUUCAAGUCUCUUGGCAGUGCUUUCCACCCGUUUCCACCUAGCUGUCGUUGUGACAAAUCAACUGACGACUGCGAAGACGGCAUUCGCAGCCCACGACAAAGACGGCUUCAAUGCAACCUUCCCCGGAGGAUGCUCAGUUCCACCACAGACAUUUACUCCGUCUCUUGGCAGUGUUUGGCAGCAGAUUCCUUCCUACAGUAUCGGUCUCCGCUGGUCGUCGUCGCUCGUGGAUCCUUGCAACAUUUCUGCAUCUUCUGCAGCCACGAGAAACGCAAACUCCCUGGGGCACUGCACGGGUUCCCUGACAAGCACACGUCAAGCUGCGUCGACGCGCGAGGUCGUCGUCUUCAAAGUCCCGACUCUGUUCAAUGCCUUGGGCGAAGCAACCGAAGAAACGUGGAAGAAUGGUGGAGACCUCCAAGACGUCGGGAACAAAGAGGCGCGUGGUGUAAGAAACGGUGCGAACAGAGCGGCCGGGUUCAUGCCUGUAGCGCCGAUAGCCUUGAGCGUGUCUCAGGGAGGCGUUCGGGAGUGUAUGAACGGUGUGAGGAAUUUCUCAUGAUUGCCUGGUGUGUGGAAUAGACAGAAAUCACCUUGACGUCUCAAAAAAAACGAAGGUGUACGACUGGAAAUGGCCAUCGAUGUCUGCAUGGUAGAGGUAGCGGUACACCCAGUGUGCAAAUGCCGCUGCUUUCUUUGUGCCGACUCGAGACGAUUUCUCCACUGGAUUUGUGGUGGAUACAAGUGGACUGGUGAACGUGUAAUAAACAGUGUUGUUUUCCUUCGAAAGGCGGUCCCAUGUACGACCUUGCAGAAAGGGUGGAAGAGGCCCGUACAAAGGAAGGAUUCGAGAAACGCUUGCGAAAUGCAGAAUCGCGUGUCGCGAGGUGUCAUAUGCCUUGCAGAUAAUUUCAAGUUGGCGCUGUCACUCACAUCUGAAGCCUCUGAUUCUUUAUCUCUGAGCAGCUGCUUCCUUGUCCGCCACUGAUCAUUCGAACUCCUCGCGUCCACAAAAAACCCAGCACGACGCAUUCGAAACAUGCUUCGCGAGUGCUGCACAUGAAGGAUACUGCUGUAGAGAGAGGGAGACUGAGCGCAUACACCCAUUUAGAGAGGAGAAAUAUAUAUAUAUAUAUAUGCACGUACUGAUGCAGGUCACCGGCUAGGCAAUCUUCAGUGUUUGGGUAUUCCCCGUUCCUAAAAGAGGACCUGAAUUGCUUUGAAGGGCUACUUGGCCUUCGGCCCACGCCUGCCCCGUGUCGAUCGAUGUCAUACCGUCAGCCUGUCGAGGUCACCUUAGAAUUUGUGGUCUCGGUAAUGCGAGAGAAAGAACGCC